CAGAUCCAGCACCGAUGGCUGGCCCUGGGCACCAGCAUGGCUGAUUUCUGGUCCUGGAUCCUCUUUGAAGGCUCCUCCCAGGCACCCCAGGCAUGUCUGUUUGUGUCUUUCCAGCUCUUUUUGUAAAGGUCUCAAGGGCAAGAACAGGGACUUUGGCUGCGAAGCCUCAAGAUAGCGGCCUAUUCACUUGUCCUGUCCAGGAGGACCUGGCCACGGAAGGGUCGUCCUCUGCUGCUGACCCCCAUCAAAUCCCAUCAUGCCCACAGCCCUGUGCCCCCGAGUCUUGGCUCCGAAAGAAAGCGAGGAGCCCAGGAAAAUGAGGAGCCCACCAGGAGAGAACCCUAGCCCCCAGAGCGAGCUUCCCAGCCCCGAGUCCUCCCGCCGCCUCUUCCGCCGUUUUCGCUACCAGGAGGCGGCGGGCCCCCGGGAGGCCCUGCGCCGCCUCUGGGACCUGUGCCAGGGCUGGCUGAGGCCCGACAGACACACCAAGGAACAGAUCCUGGAGCGACUGGUGCUGGAGCAGUUCCUGGCCAUCUUGCCCCGUGAGAUCCAGGGCUGGGUGCGGGCCCAGGAGCCCGAGAGUGGUGAUCAGGCUGUGGCGGCCGUGGAGGCGCUGGAGCGGGAGCCUGGGCGGCCCUGGCAGUGGCUCAAGCACUGUGAAGACCCCGUGGUGAUUGAUGAUGGUGAAGGCCCUCCAGACCGAGAGCCGGAGCGGCUGCCGGCAGAAGCCCAGAGCGACCUUGCAAAGAGCCAGGACAGCCAGCCCACGGCCGUAGCACAGGGCCCUGGGCUCCCAAGCAGAACCCCGGGCCAGCCCGGUGGGGAUCCAGUUCUGCAAGAGUCUGCCCUUCUUCAGGAGGCAAGUCUGAGGGACACACAGCAGGUAACCGCCCUGCAGCUGCCCCCGAACCGGGUUUCUCCUUUCAAGGAUAUGAUUUUCUGCUUCUCCCAAGAGGACUGGUCCCUUCUAGACCCUGCGCAGACGGGCUUCUAUGGAGAGUUCAUCAUCGGGGAGGACUGUGGGGUCUCGCUGCCUCCAAGUGACCCGGGCACCCAGCUGCAUCUCUCCCAGGGAGAGGAGAACGAGCCCCGGGUUCCAGAGUUGCAGGAUCUGCAAGGGAAGGACGUGCCCCAGGUUUCUUACUUGGACUUCCCAGGUCUCCAGCCAUUCCAGGUGGAAGAGAGAAGGAAACGGGAUGAGCUGCAGGUGCCCGAGUUCCAGACCUGCCAGCAGACGGCACUCACCCAGAGCACCUGCCCAGCCGGAGGGGAUGCGCUGACCCCCGAGAACGGCCUGGACGAGGAGGUGACCAUCGAGAUCGUCCUGUCCAGCUCUGGAGACGAGGACUCCCAGCUCGGCCCUUACUGCACUGAUGAGCCGCGGGGCCCGGCCGAGAAGCCGCGCAGCCUCCCCGCCUCCCACCGCAGCGGCGCAGAGCCCGGGGACGAGGUGCAGACGUCAUCCAAAAAGUCCUACAUCUGCCCCAACUGCGGGAAGAUCUUCCGCUGGAGGGUCAACUUCAUCCGGCACCUGCGCAGCCGCAGGGAGCAGAAGCCGCACGAGUGCUCGGUGUGCGGGGAGCUGUUCAGCGACAGCGAGGACCUGGACGGGCACCUGGAGAGCCACGAGGCGCAGAAGCCCUACCGCUGCGGCGCCUGCGGGAAGAGCUUCCGCCUCAACUCGCACCUGCUGUCGCACAGGCGGAUACACCUGCCGACGGGUGGACUGGAGCCCGUGGCGAAGACCGAGCCGAACGCGGCGGGGGCCGUGGGCGGGGGCCCGGACGGCCUGCUAGCCUUACAGUGCUGCGACUGCGGGCGGGCGUUCCAGCGGCCGGAACACCUGGCGCGGCACCGCAGCAGCGCGCACCUGCGGGGCACGGCGCAGCCCUUCCAGUGCCGCUACUGCGUCAAGAGCUUCUCUCAGAACUGCGACCUGCUUCGCCACCAGCGCCUGCACUUGAAGCGCCGCUCCAAGCAGGCCCUUAACUCCUACUGAGGCGGCCCGGCCUGGCCCCUCCCGCGGUGCACCUGCCCGGGACAGAAGCUCCGUCCUCCCAUUCUUCGCUCUCAGGUAGAAAUGAGAUAGUGGCCGACUGAGCAUGCGCUCUGUCUCGGCCGUGCCAAAAAGCGGGGAGGGCGCGUCUCCACCAGCUGUGACUCUUCAUCUCUGCAGGUCUUAGAGAACAGUCACUCCAGAGCUUCCCUGGCAGGGAGGGAUGGGACCACCCCCCGGGGUCUGGCCCUUGCCAGCCAGUGUCAAGUACACUCCCUUCCCCUGUACUGAGGUCUGGGGGUACCUGCACUGCUGUCUGGCAGCAAGAAGCUUGGGGUGUGCUGAUGGGCUGAGGGUGGCAAUAAGGCAGGGCCUGUGGGCCUGUGACCACAGGGCCAAACACACCAGGCCACAUCCUGUCAUCAGAAGGCUGAGUCUCCAUCACCUCUUGGCCCAUAGAAACAACCCACUGCUAUCAGGCAGCCCUUUUCAGGCUCAAACCGUGCUGGGGGGCUUUAUAGCUCCUGCAGAAGGGAAACUCCUACCCUUUUAUUUGUGAUGGUGUCUGCUUAUUAGGGAACAGGAGCUUAUCUAAGGCAAAGCCCCAUUUUAAACUGUAGCACACCCGCCCCUAAAUGCUGUUUCCUUGUACCCUUGAAGGGUCUCCAUAGGUGGUUUUGGGUGGACGUGCAGUCCAUCAAGUCCAAGAAGGGGGGGACGCUCAGCCCCCAGUGAGGGUGUCCUGUUGUGUUUGUCUGGGUGAGCUGAGCCGGGAAAACAGAACCUCACGUGAAGUCAUGCUCAUGCUCUGGGUAUGUGACUUAGUGUGCUGGUUGUGGUCGUUUGCAAGGGCUCCUGCAGAAACCAGAUGCCUUAAACAACAAAGGCAUCAUCUCAGUUCUGAAGGCACAAGUCCAAGAUCAGGGUGGCCGCUCCCAGGGGAGGGUUUAUUUCAUGCGUCGCCUGUCGCCUGUCCCCGCACCCCAGGGCUUGCUGGCAAUUGUUGGUACUGCAUGGCUUCCAGAAGCAUCACCCCAGCUCUGCUGUAUUCUCACAUGGUGCUCUGUGUGUGUGUCUGUCCCUUUCUGGAAGGACUGCAUCCAUAUCUAAGGUCUGCCCGUCCUACUCCCGUAGACUCCCGUCUUAACUAAUUACACCUGCCGUGGCCUCAGUUCCAAAGAAGGUCACACUCCAGUGUGCCAGGGUUAGAGUUGUGGGGGUUGGGGACACAGUUCAGCCCACAAUACCACAUGGUCACGUAAUGGUCUCAUCCCCAAUCCACACAAGAACCAAUACAAACACUGUAGCUAGCUCUUCCUUCAACCGGAAGCACUAUUCAGACCCAAGCUGCUGCUUUCAGGGCGGGGUGUCCUCUGCACAAGAGCCUUCAAAGUUUGUAGCCUGGCAUUCUGGAUGGGGAGUGGAAUCUCAGUCAUGGAUGGCUGUGGUCUUAAUGCUUCUGGGAGAACUGACCAUGUCCACUAGGCCCAGUGACGAGAAGGCCUGGGGACUGGUGAGCAGCUGUGGCCAGUUGUAAAAGCCAGCAACCGGUCAGGUGUUCUGUAUUAUUUAUACACCUGCCAGUGUCUCCUUGUCAUUCACUUCAUUGUCCUGUCAAGACACCACUCCCCCAGACCCAAUGAGAGAGUCCCAAGGUCCUACAGUUAAAUGAUGGCUGUGCCUGUGUAAGGGCAGCUUCAUACCCAGGAACAGUAAGUGUCAUAAAACCAUUUGGUCGUACCCUCAGUAAUAAAUAAACUAUUGGGGCUCUUUGUUUCAGAAGAAUUUGCCUCUUGUAUCAAUCUGCCAGGAAACGGGGAAAAUAAACCCCCCAGAUCUUUUAAGGCUAAUAAGAAAGUGGAAAACUCCAAAUAGAAGCCAGACGUUGUGCACAUUUGUCUCGUCCAGCUGUGCUUUUGCCCAAAGGUCCAUUGGUGAGUGUAUUAACCCACCCACUUAAGACACGUCUACAAGGAGCAUUGCUUCACUUACCUGGUGUAUUUUACAUGUGAAAUCUGAUUGUAAGUAAGGAACAAGUGGAAUGUAACAGAACUGAAACCUAAAGAGAGGCUGUGUGUUUCUUGAGUAUCAAUCAGACAUCGUGAGGCAGCCUCUUGAUUCCCUGACCCAAAGCUGACCAAGGCGCCCAGCAAACCAGGAGUUGACAUUGCUCCUGGGAACCGUCAUGGGUGAUGUAGCUCAAAUCCCAGGUUCAUCUGUGCAGAAGAAGCCAGGGCUGCCUGCAUUGUGGAAAGCUGCAGGUAAUAGGAGGGCUGGCCCACUUGGUUCCUCCCUCCCUCUGUGGGCACUGGGCAGGCAGGUGAGGGGUCUCUACCUGGCCAUGGAGGUUCAGAAGACGAGACUUCUCGUCUGAGAAGCGUCUGCCCUCUCUGUUCCUCUGAUCCCUUGGCAUUGUUCCCACAAACUGAACAGGUGCAUAAUAAAAACUCACUGAAUUAA